CAAUUUCUAAUUAUUAUUUUUUUAGAAAAGGGAUUUACUUCAACUGGAGCUGAAGGUUCCAACUGGAGCUGAAGCACGAAGAAACCCCAAUUCAGCUGAAAGAUCGGUUUUUUCUUCAAUUACUUCAAUACUUUGUGUUUGUCCCCAAUUGAAUUAUUGUUCUUUCCAUUCGGAUAUGGACCAAACCGUAGGCGGCGGCAAUGGCGGCGGCGGUGUUGCUUCCUCCGACGUGGUUGCUGAUUUGGAUGGUUUCAAGCGCAACGUUGAUGAAAUUGUUGCCAAUGUUGAUAAGCUUGAAAAGCAAUUGAUUGAGGUUGAACAGUUCUACCAAUCCAAUAGUAACAAUAGCAUUCAAGGUAAUAAUUCUAAAGGUGGCCCAGUUGUAAAAGAGAAGGUUCGAGAGAAGCAUCUUAUUGCAACUAAGAAGCCAUUGCUGCUAGAUGCUGCACGAACUGAAAGUGCUGCUACAAAGAGAAUGCAAGAACUCAUGCGCCAGUUUGCAACAAUAUUGCGGCAGAUCACUCAGCAUAAAUGGGCCUGGCCCUUUAUGGAACCUGUAGAUGUAGAAGGUCUUGGGCUUCAUGACUACUACGAGGUUAUUGAAAAGCCAAUGGAUUUUAGUACAAUAAAAAGUAAAAUGGAAGCCAAGGAUGGCACUGGAUAUAAGAAUGUCCGGGAGAUAUAUGCUGACGUAAGGUUGAUAUUUAAGAACGCAAUGAAAUACAACAAUGAAAAACAUGAUGUCCAUGUUAUGGCAAAGACCUUGUUGGAAUAUAUAUAUAUAUAUAUAUAUAUAUAUAUUUGUAGGAAACUGUCUACACACGAGAAGAAACUACUUGGGACCGCUCUCACCAAAUUGUCUCCUGAAAACCUAAACAGGGCAUUGGAGAUUGUUGCUGAGAACAACCCUAACUUCCAAUCUAGCGCCGAAGAGGUGGACCUCGACAUUGAUGCUCAGACCGACUUCACCCUAUGGAGACUGAAGAUUUUUGUAAAAGAUGCACUUGAUGUUCAAGGAAAGAGUACUGGGGGAAUAGCUGUUAACCAUAAUGAUUACAUGGAUGACAAGAAAAACAACAAAAGGAGGAGAGAAAUUUGUGACUCUUUGGCCAAGACAAACUCAAAAAGGACUAAGAAAAUCUCUAACUUGUGACUCCUCUAAGAAAAUCUCUAACUUGUGACUCCAACUUUGUUCAGUAUAUAUAUAUAAGGCAAUAGUUUGUUUAUAAUGUGAUUGAGCUCAAGUUGCUCAACACUUUUAGGGUUUUUGGAUGAUGCAUUGGAACUAUUCUGUAACACCUUUUAUUACCCUAAAAUUGUAAUGCUUGUUCUUGUUCAUUCCCUCAUUGGUAGCUAAAACCAAACAGGCACUUUGUCUGCACAAUAUGAUAAGAUGAAGUACUGUUGCUUGUUAGAAAUAUAAGUAGAAAAUUAUCUUGCAAUUUAUAUAUAAUGUACUUGUAGGAUU